AUGCUGGAUGGAACCUGGAGAGAAAAUUGGCACUUGCAGCAAGCAUUUGCUCCACCUUUUUCCGGUUUAUUCUCUUUGUGCGAUUUAUUAAGACCAGUACACAAAACUUCAGUUUGGAGAAAGUGGGAACCUCCAAAGACACAAGCAAAACCGAAAACCCCAGAGAUGGAGGAGUGGGAGAUGGAGAAGUGGGAGCGGGAGGAGUGGGAGCGGGAGACGGAGAAGUGGGAGAAGGAGAAGUGGGAGAAGGAGAAGUGGGAGAAGGAGAAGUGGGAGAAGGAGAAGUGGGAGAAGGAGAAGUGGAGAAGGAGAAGUGGGAGAAGGAGAAGUGGGAGACGGAGGAGUGGAGACGGAGGAGUGGGAGACGGAGGAGUGGGAGACAGAUGA